GUGGUUCCCCUGGAGGACAAAAAUAGAGAGCGGACAUUUCCUGUAUCGAAUGGCUGUCGUUUCCACGUGAUAUUACAUUUGCUUCUAUGGAGAAACACUUCACUGGCUGUCUACCUUGCUAGCGAAGAUAAUUAAGUUCAUGCACGAGAGGCACACGAUCAACGUGCCGCAUUUGCUAUGGAUGUCCUGAGAAGACCUGCUGUUCUUGAGGAUUCGGUGUCCUACCGUUUGUUUCUGGUUCAGCCUGAGCCAUUGGAGAACCAUGCGCAGGAACAGCGUCUGCAGGCUAUGGUGCAGGAGAUUCUGGCAGAGGUUGCCCCGCUGCUCGUUCAGUAUAUCUGGCAAAACCAGCCAUUCAAUUUAAAGCACUACCCUGAGAAAGGUGGUGUUCCAGCACACAUUGGAGGGUCCACACAAUUCGGGGACAAUGUGGAGGACGAGUGGUUCAUCGUGUACCUCUUGCAGCAAAUCACACGCACCUUCCCCAAGCUGGCAGCCAGUGUGGAAGACAACGAUGGCCAGUUCCUUUUAAUCGAAGCAGCCGAUCACCUCCCCAAGUGGCUUAACCCAGAGAGCAGUGAAAACAGGGUGUUUCUCUUCCAAGGAGAGCUGCACAUCCUGCCCGUUACUUCUCGUGCAGGAGGUACUGGCUGGCCUCGUGAUGUCACGCCCAGUGUGACCCAAGCCCUCGCUUUCCUCUCUGCCCACAAAGAAGCCUGCCUGGCCAAUCACAAGAUCCGAUCCUCCAUGGAAAAGCGGCUGCAGGGGUACCCAGGCAGGAUCCAGGCCAGCCUGCACCAUGCCCACUGCUUUGUGCCAGCGGGCAUCGCGGUUGUGCUGGCCCGUCGACCAGAUCUCCUGGCGCCGGCUGUGUCCACGUUUUACCUGCGAGACCCCCUGGACCUGCAGGCCUGUCGCACCUUCCAAACCUUUCCCCCGGAGACCCGAGUCCUCACCAGGGUGACGUUCACGAGAUGCCUGUAUGCUCAGCUGCAGCAGCAGCGCUUCACUCCAGACCGGCGUAGCUGCUUCACCCUGCCCGCCCCCUCGCACCCCCAGUACCGCGCCCACGAGCUGGGCAUGAAGCUGGCCCACGGAUUUGAGAUCCUGUGCUCAAGGUGCCGCCAGCCGUUGACCAAGCCGGACGUCCCGGUUAGCUGCAGUCCCCUCUGGAAAGGCUUCCUGGACAGUCUGAAGAAGAACGAUUAUUUCAGAGGGGAGAUGGAGGGAUCCUUGCGCUAUAGAGAGCUGAUGGCGUCAGCAGAGAACUUCUUCCGGCAGUCAGUGUCCACUCCUGAGAGUGUGAGGUCUCCAGGGCAGGAGGUGCUGCAGGUUCUGCAGAGCUGCCCCUUCAGCCUAGAGGAGCUCAGGAAGCAGGAGCCUGACCUCCCCCCUGAGGACAGUGACAGCUGGCUGGACCUCUCUCCCCAGGACCUUGAGCGUCUGUUGGAGGAGAAGGCAGGCGGGAGGGCGGGCAGCUCAGACCCGCGUCAUGGCAACAGGACAGAGACAGCCAAUCAGGAGGAGGCUGGGUACAGCCUGGUGGCGGUGACGCAGGGCAUGAAGAAGUUCAUCAAUGCUGUGUCCUCGCACGAGGGAGCCGAGCUGCCCUGGUCCCAUUCAAAUGAGCCCUUCAGUUUUGACCCAAACUCCAUGGCCACUGCAUUGGACAGGCUGCUGGGAGGCCCAGACCAGGAGCUGGAUUCAGAUGAUCUUGAAGAUGAUAAUGAUGACGACGAAGAUGACGACGAUGAUGAUGAUGAUGAUGAUGGAGUUGCGGUUGAGUCUGAGGGUGGAGGUCCCGUGCAUGCAGGAGCAGAGGGAGCAGAGGCUUUGGGAAGUCUCAGGAAGUACAUGGAUGAGAUGGAUCAGGAGUUGAAGGACACCAACAUUGGACAGAGCUUCGCCCAGAACCAGGGCGGCGACAGAUCGGGUCCUGCAGAGGGACUGGUUCAGCCCGGGGACAGUGAGGAGGAGGUCCUCCCGCUGGAUGUGGAUCUGAACCUGGUCACCAACCUGCUGCAGUCUCUCAGUUCCCAGGCUGGCCUGGCUGGCCCCGCCUCCAACCUGCUACAGAGCCUGGGCAUUCACCUACCACCUAACGCAGACCAGUGAACACACACACACUUACACACACAGACACACACACACAUCUCACACACACCCCUCACAUACACAUCUCACAUACUGUACAUACACGUACACCUCACAUACACACGCACCCUACACAUACACAUCUCACCCACACACACACACACACACAUCUCACAUAAACUCACACUGCACACAUAUACAUCUCACAUACACACACAUACCCCUCACAUACACACACACACACACCCUGCAUCUUAGCCAGAUCUGUUCCCACUGCACUCAGCAUUGAUCUCUGACACAGAGAGAAGUCACCAGAGUCUCUGCUCCUAUGGAGUACAUUCAGAGAGUAAUAAACCUAUUCUUACCAGUCUACCAUCCUCCAUAUCUCUCUCAGGGUCAUUCACAGAGUGUAGAAAUCUUGGACUGUGUACCAUUGUUGUGUCCCACAUAAAACCUUUCAUCCAAGGAAAAGCUAGGCUAAUGCUAGCAGUAGUCUAGUUAUGAAGGUGUUGUAUAGAGAGCAUUCAGUUUUGUACCAAGUGUAUUUAUUUUCCUGUGCCAUUAUGCACAUGAAAGGUUUAAUAAAGCAACUAUUUUGUGAAAGAAAAUUCUAAAUAAAGAAUUAAUUUGUGUUAAA